AAAUAGAUUCGCGAUGACUACCGCAGCUAAGCGACCUACCGUGAACGUGUACGGCAUGGACGGGAAGCCUACCCCGAACACAGUGGCUCUUCCGGAUGUGUUCACAGCCCCCAUCCGAACUGAUGUGGUAGUGUCUGUUCACGCCCUGAUUGGACUGAAUGGACGCCAGCCAUACGCUGUGAGUGAGAAGGCAGGACACCAGACCAGUGCAGAGUCCUGGGGAACAGGAAGGGCAGUGGCCAGAAUUCCCAGAGUCAGGGGAGGAGGAACCCACCGAUCUGGUCAGGCGGCGUAUGGCAACAUGUGCAGGGGUGGUCGGAUGUUUGCCCCCACCCACACGUGGAGGAAGUGGCACCACAGAGUGCCAGUGAAGCAGAGACAGUAUGCACUGGCAUCGGCCAUAGCUGCCACCGCCAUACCAGCUCUAGUAGAGGCCAGGGGACACGCAAUUGGGAAGAUGCCGGAGGUGCCGAUGGUGGUGUCGAAUGAGAUCGAGGGACUGACGAAGACUAAGGAGGCAGUGGCUCUGCUGAAGAAGGUGCAGGCCUACGAGGAUGUGGAGAAGAGCAUUGCCAGCAAGAGGAUGAGAGGCACUAAGGGCAAGAUGAGGAACAGACGCUGGAGGAUGAAGAGGGGACCCCUGGUCAUCUACAAGAACGACAACGGAAUCACCCGCGCAUUCAGAAACAUCCCUAGUGUGAGUCUGAUGUCGACUGACCAUCUCAAUCUGCUCAAGUUGGCGCCCGGUGGUCACGUGGGCAGACUGGUCGUCUGGAGUCAGGACGCAUUCGAGGACAUGAGCAAGUUCUUCGGGGACUACCAGAGUGGACAGACCAAACUCCCUCUCUCAAUCAUGCAGACGUCUGACAUCCGUGCGAUCAUCAAGAACAUCUCACUGAAAGGGGGAAUCCGACAGCCCAAGUUCGGACACAAGGCCAAGGUGGCCAAACAAAACCCACUCAAGCACAAGAAGGUCAUGCUGAAAUUGAACCCGGCCUUCCAGAAACUCACCAAGAGGAGGAUGUCCAGAAAGAACAACUCCAAAGCCACCCUCAAGGAAGGAACCCCCGCUCACGCAGAGUACGAAGCCUUCAAGAAGCGAAAGGCAGCUGCUAAAGCGGCCGCCGCCAAGGCUUAAUCGAAUGAAUCAAGAGAAAGAGAGGAGAUCAGUGCAAAACUGAACAGUCCAAAUCUGACUCUUCAUGAGGACAAUUGCAUCUUUGAUUUCUGUAAUAUGAAUGUCAAAUGAAGUCAAGGUUCUCUAGCA